AUGUGCUCGACAACUGAAGACGACACGACGCUAAUCGACCAGGAACUCUCUGAUUAUUUACAAAAAUAUGGCUUUCUGCCGGUGAAUAGCGGGGGCGACGACGACGACGACGUGUCUCUCACUCAGAUCGAUCCGGUCAGUUUAGAGCAAGCGUUAAUGGAUUUUCAGGAAUUGUACAAUCUACCAAUGGACGGUACUCUAAACAAUGAGAACAUAGCGCUAAUUAAAAGCCCCCGCUGCGGAAUAGAAGAAAAUGCUUUCACAACCGCCAAUGCGGUAUGGAAUAAAACGACCUUAAAUUGGUAUGUUCAAGCCUCGGCACCCUGGCAAAGGAUUCGAUUACGGACGAUUGCCAACCAAGUUUUCAAAAUUUGGAGUUCCGUUUCCAAUUUAGAAUUCGCUUACAAUUACAUGAAGCCCGAUAUUCUGAUUCUAAUCACCGAUAAAUCGUACGAACAUAAACAAAGCGUAAGAUGUCAAGGCAACGGAUCAUGUAGUUAUAAAUUUGACGGAAAAGGUCAAGAGUAG